UUAAAGGAGCGCACAAGGGCAAUUCCGGAAUCAACUAAAUAUUUCAUUUGUGCUAGCAGUGAAGAGACGACGACUCUUAAAGACUUGUUUUAGGCAGAAGUCACAGUAUGCAUAGUCUCACUCAUCGGACGACGAUUUCCUCAAUUGCACGAAUGGCCAGAAGUCUAAGAGGAUUUCCGGCGCUGCUCGUGGCAGUAUUGAUCUGCUCAGCUUCCAUGGUCUCCGCUGCUUCGAUCUUUCAACCUAUUUCUGACUCUCACCGAUCUGCUGCUUUGGACCUUUUCGCGCCUCUCGAUGGGUCCUUUGGAAGUUUAGAAGAAACAUAUGAGGCCCUUCGGACAUUUGAGGUUCUUGGAAUUGAUAAAAAGACUGACAUAAGUUUACCAGCUUGCCAUUCUGUAUUAGAGACGCUUGGGUCUUCAUCUUCAGCUUCAAAGGAUUUAUUCUAUGCUCUAAAAGUGAAUGGAAUAUUAAAAUGUGAGAUUAAUGAGGAAGUUUUUGAGGGUCUUGUUUCAAGCCUUCACGCUGCUGUCAGCAGUACAAGAUUGUUGCUUGAUUUCUACCAUUCAAUAGGAAGUUUGGUACUUAUCAAGGAUCAAACAUCUAAAGAUGAUCUACAUCUUGGAGAUGCUGAAGGAACUUUUCACUCCAUUAAGGCUUUGAGCCAGAGUGAUGGAAGAUGGCGCUAUAGUUUUAAUAAUCCUGAGUCUAGUACCUCUGCUGCAGGUUUAGCACUUGAAGCUCUUGCUGGAGUGGUCUCGUUAUCAUCUUCUGAGAUCGAUCGUUCCCUGAUUGCUACAACUAAAAAUGAUAUAUUGAAGCUGUUUGACAGCAUAGAGAAGUAUGAUGAUGGGGCUUUCUACUUUGAUGAGAAACUGAUUGAUGCACGUGAACAUCAAGGUCCUCUUUCAACCACAUCUUCUGUUGUUAGAGGAUUGACCGCAUUUGCAGCUGUGACUUCGGGAAGCUUGAAUCUUCCAGGUGACAGAAUUGUCGGUUUGGCUAAGUUUUUCCUGGGUAUUGGUAUUCCUGGUGAUGCUAAAGAUCUAUUCAAUCAAGUGGACUCCUUGGCUUGCCUGGAGAGUAAUAGGAUUUCCAUCCCUCUGAUUCUAUCACUUCCAGCAACUGUUCUUUCACUGACUAAGAAGGACACGCUUAAGGUUAAGGUGAAUACUGUGCUCGGUUCAAAUGCACCUUCUUUGACAGUAAAACUUGUACGAGUUCUAGGUUCGAAUUCAAAGGCUACUUCCAUAAUUGAAAACCAGGAACUCAAGUUUGAACCUGAAAGUGCAGAGUAUUUCUUGGAUGCUUUGCCAAAGAGCAUUGAUAUUGGACAAUAUAUUUUUAUUUUUGAGACGGUGCUUCAUGAGCCUGAGCAUAAAAAAAUUUAUGCUACAGAAAGCCAAACUCAAGUUCCAAUAUUUUUCAAGGGAGUUGUCAAAGUUGAUAAUCCUGAAAUUGAAGUGCUUGAUAGUGACUUGGAGAUUGUAGAAACCAAAAAUAAGCUAGAUUUAGCUGGAGAAAAUCUUGUAUUAUUGUCAGCAAACCACCUCCAGAAGCUUCACUUGUCUUUUCAAUUGACCACUCCUCUUGGCCAUGCUUUUAAGCCACACCAGGCAAUCCUUAAGUUGAAACAUCAGACUGGUGUUGAGCACAUCUUUUUGGUUGGGAACUCUGGAAAGAAGUUUGAUAUAAUUCUAGAUUUUCUUGGACUGGUUGAAAAAUUUUUCUAUCUAUCGGGUGAAUAUGACAUUCAGCUUACUGUUGGUGAUGCUGUAAUGGAGAACUCUUUCUUAAAUGCCAUUGGUAGCAUUGACCUAGACCUACCAGAACCACCUGAGAAGGCACCUCGUCCACCCCCACAGCCUGUGGAACCAUACUCAAUAUAUGGCCCAAAGCCAGAGAUAACUCACAUCUUCAGGGCACCAGAAAAGCAUCCACCUAAGGAGCUCUCUCUUAGUUUCUUGGGUCUUACACUUUUGCCAUUCAUUGGAUUCUCAGUUGGGCUACUGCGUCUAGGGGUGAACUUGAAGAACUUCCCAUCUUCAUCCUUGCCGGCUGUAUUUGCGAUCCUCUUCCAUUUUGGAAUUGCGGCAGUUCUGUUGCUUUAUGUGCUUUUCUGGCUGAAGUUGGAUCUUUUCACGACAUUGAAAGCCCUUGGUUUGUUGGGGGCUUUCCUGAUGUUCGUGGGACACAGAACCCUGUCCUAUCUGGCCUCAACGUCAGCGAAGUUGAAAUCUGCUUGAAGAUAAAGGAAAUUUUAGUUUUUUAGGAAAUUUCCAACUACUGAUAUUGUAGAGACAUUUUUGUCGCAGUUUUGUAGGCUAUAAUCUAUAUGGUGAACUAAGUACUCUGUUUUAAGAUUUUUAGUACAUGUUUUUACUGAAAAAAGGGGAGGAAAAAGCUACUUGGGUUCUUGAUUUAAA